AUUUACACGUACGGCUCCAUUCUAUGGCUUCUUUUGUUGAUUCUAGUGGCAAUAAAUCAUUUCCGUGCGUACCCGGUGAAGAAGAGCAAGGUGAAAGACUACGAACUCCUUCAUACGGAGAGUGAAUCACGUCGUAAAUCUCCAAGAAGUAUGAGCUACAGAGAUUCGAAGAGCUUCGAAAGCGAUCGGGAAGAGUGGGAAAGGAGAUCUAAAACGGGCAUCCUCAAGCAGCAGCAAGUCAAGGAAGCUCAGGUGUCCUCUCCUUUCAUACCGUCUCUGCAUCAGUCUUCGACAUGUGAAUAG